GCUGCUUCUUUGUCAAGGAUGUUGAUCUCUUUGAGUUAAUGUUUGAUAUCCUACCAGAGAUAUAGACACAAAAUUGCACUGAUUUUAUUCUCUUUACCGCAGUGGCUUUCUGUGGAGCAGACCUCUACUGUUAACCCACCUGAGCUCAGUUUUCAGCUCCACAGCUGCCCUGUGCCUCUUCUUCAUACUGACUAGUGUUUGUGUUAGCGUUGACCUACCUGCAACACUUAGAAAGAAAGAGUUUUUUUCAGUUGUUAGUUCAUUUUUUGAGAAAAUCAUGAAUAACUGGAAGACAGUUCUGCGCUUUCUGUGGUACCACAGGAACUACAUCAUCAUAAUCGUCACGCCGCUUGUAUUCCUUCCUCUGCCUCUCGUCUAUCCUUCAUCGGAAGCCAGAUGUGGCUACGCGAUCAUCCUCAUGGCUCUGUACUGGUGCACAGAGUGCAUGCCUCUGGCUGUGACUGCCUUACUGCCAGUCAUCCUCUUUCCUAUGAUGGGCAUCAUGAAGGGUGGAGAUGUCAGUAUUGAGUAUCUGAAAGACUCGAACAUGCUGUUCAUCGGAGGUCUGCUGGUGGCCAUCGCGGUCGAACACUGGAACCUCCAUAAACGAAUCGCUCUCCGUGUUUUGCUGCUGGUCGGUGUUCGUCCAUCGCUGUUAAUGAUGGGCUUCAUGAUCGUCUCGGCGUUCCUCUCCAUGUGGAUCAGCAACACAGCCACCACAGCCAUGAUGCUACCCAUCUCACACGCCGUGCUCCAGCAGCUGAAAGACACAGAGACCCAGACAGGUGAACAUGAUCACCAGGCCCAAGCUGCGGACAACCACGCAUUUGAGCUGGAAGCUCAAACCAAGCCGGAGACAACAGACGAAAGAGAUGCACAGGAUCCUGUGUAUGAAUAUGAACAUGACGCACAGCAAGAGUUCAGAGAAAGAGCCAUAGAAGCAAAGUAUGGCCUUCUGACCAAAGGGAUGAGUCUAAGUGUGUGUUACUCUGCCAGCAUUGGAGGUACGGCCACGCUCACGGGGACCACGCCUAAUCUCAUCCUCAAGGGCCAAAUGGACGAGCUCUUCCCUGAUAAUCCCGAUGUGAUCAACUUUGCCAGCUGGUUUGGUUUUUGUUUUCCCAGCAUGGUGCUCAUGCUGGUGCUCUCCUGGUUCUGGCUUCAUUUUAUGUUCCUGGGCUUCAAUCUGAAGAAGACAUUUGGCUGUGGUGAGAAAAGUGAAAACGACAGAGCGGCAUACGCAGUGAUGAAGGAGGAGUACAAGAAGCUGGGCGGCAUGAAGUUUGCAGAGGUGGCGGUGCUCGUCCUCUUUAUCUUGCUCGUGCUUCUGUGGUUUACCAGAGAGCCGGGCUUCAUGCCUGGCUGGGCCACAGUCCUGUUCAAUAAGGAUGCUGCGUUUGUGACAGACGGAACGGUUGCCAUUCUAAUGUCAUCGCUCUUCUUCGUCGUCCCCUCUCAGCUGCCGCUUGGCAAUUACGGGUACACAGAUGAAGGUAAGAAUAUAAAGGCUCCACCGGCUCUGCUGACCUGGAAGGUGGUUCAUGAACGAAUGCCCUGGAAUGUAGUGCUGCUGCUGGGAGGAGGUUUUGCUCUUGCUGCUGGCAGUGAGGUAUCAAAUCUAUCCAAGUGGUUGGGAGAAAACCUGUCACCUCUUCAGAAUAUUCCCCCCUUUGCUAUCUCAUUGGUGCUUUCCCUACUUAUUGCCACAUUCACCGAGUGCUCCAGUAACACAGCCACCACCACACUGUUCCUGCCCAUAUUGGCCUCAAUGGCCCAAAAUAUUAAGCUCCACCCACUCUACGUGAUGAUGCCCUGCACCAUUGCUGCCUCUCUGGCCUUCAUGCUACCUGUGGCCACACCACCCAAUGCCAUUGCCUUUUCUUUUGGACACCUCAAAGUCCUAGAUAUGGUGAAAGCUGGUUUCAUGCUCAACAUCAUCGGGAUCCUGUGCAUUAAUUUAGGCAUCAACACAUGGGGAAAAGUCAUGUUUAACUUGGACACUUUUCCAGAUUGGGCCAACACUACAGCUAGCAAACCCUGAAUUUGUUUACAGCCUAUAAAAAACAAAUUUGAUUCUACUGUCACACAAGCAGACAAUGAACAAAAUAUCACAUUUUCCAACUGGGUUUCCAGCCCACUUCACACCAGUGAGAAGAGCUCAGAAAUCCAUUGUAUGAGGUAAAACUUUUCUUACUCCACUCCAUCCAGACAAUAGUUUGUUGUUGCAGGAUAGCAUUUCUAAUACUGGGAAUGUUUUCAGGCCCUUUAAAAGGAAAAGGGGAAAAAGUUGACAGUUGAAAUGUGGUUAUAGAAGGAACAAUCAAAGAUUUUCACUUGCAGCUGAAACAAACUUUAAGUGUUAUCAGACUUUUAUAUACAGACCCUCUUUGAGGACUUCCUCAUGUCAUUUCAGUGACAGAACCAAAGACAGUGUUUAAACCAAGGUUAUUUCCUCAUACACUUUCCUCUGAGUCUUAUCAGUCUAUUUAUCAUUUACUGAUGAUGCAUGCAUUAUCCACAGCAUACCUACCUUUAAAAGGCAAAUAUGUAAAUUAAUUCAUGGUGUCAGUUAACUUAUUACUGUGGUCAUUUUGUUGGACCUCACGUUUUUUUGGUGUCAUAUUUAAUUUUUUAUGUGUUUUUGUCAGUACUUGCUUUUUUAAGCAAGAAUUUUACUUCUUAUCUUAUAAUUUAUAAAUAACAACUGUGAAAUUUUUCUAGUAAUGAUAGUUUAAAAUGAUUUAGAAUAAUUUAUAUAAUGUUUCAUAUAAUAAUUUAUAGUGGAAGUGCUCCGAAUUCUUGCUGAGGAAAAUGCAGGUUCAAAUUUUGGUCCAAAUCCCGGACGAGCCCCCAAGUAUGUUAUGGACAAAAAAGUAAAACAGAAACUCAGCAAAACCUAUUUAGAAGCAGAAUGUCAAAAUCCACCUUACAGCAACUGUAAAGCUUACUUAUUACAUGUUACAUCUUCUUUGUUUUGGCUAUCUAAAGUGGGGUUGGGCAUUUAAUUUUCCCAAGGGGGUCAUAUGAGAAACUGGGACUGUUGUGACGGGGUACAGUAAUAGUAAUAGUGAAGUAAUAGUGAGCAGAAUUUAUAUCUGCUUAUUUGUGCAGCCCUCCACAACAGUCCCAGUUUCUUAUGUGCCCCCUUGGAAAAACGAAUUACCUGCCCCUGAUCUGAAAUGUAAAAUGUUAAACAGAUUAUUGGUCAGCUGAAGCCAUUUUUUUUAUUACCCUGCUAAAAACACCCAAUGAAAUAAAUGUAUUGCUUUUCAUGCUUUUUUUUGUAUUAAGUAGAGAAGCUAGAUAUACUGUAAUAUAUUAAUAAGUGAGCUUUACCAGUAGGAGGGCUAACCCUUACAUUUUAUAUGGAGAUAGGCUGUUUCCCUCUGUUUCUGCUAACUGUAUCCUGUAUCCUUCUUAACACCAAAAAGAAGGAUUAGUUAAAUCAAAUUGGAUUUUUAAAAGCUUUCCCUUUGAGAGAUUCACUCCAAGAAAGCGCACAAAUAAAUGACAGGAAAGUGUUACCAAGACUGCACAGUGAUUACAGAUAAAAAGGUUGGCUGAAGGAUAACAGAGAUAAGAGGCUACGAACUGGAUGUAACGGUUGCAGAGGUUAUUUUCCAUGUUUUCUCCAUGUUUUUUGUUUUAUACAA